CUUUUCAUAGUCCUUUCCCCGCCGCCCUGUGAAAAUGAACACCGCUUGUGCAAUGGUGCUGAGCUGUGCCUUAAAAUAGAACCCCCUCCUUAUCCUCAGACUCCCCCCUGUCUCCUAACAACCAGGCCAUCGGCCCGCUCCCCUCCUUUCCUCAGUUUUAAGCUCCGGUUCCUCCUCUUUGUGCCAUGAAGAUCAAAAUAGCAGCCUUUAUCGCCGGGAUCUUGGGGGUUUUGGGUGUUCUUCUCUUCCUGAUAGCCUUUGGGACCGAUUAUUGGCUCCUAGCCACGGAGACGUGUGGAGGAUUCGAACCUGAGAACAACACACUUCACACCAAGGAGGGUGGAAAAGAAGAGCAGAAGAGUGACAGCCGGGAAGUUCUUACCUUUCAUCACGAAGGGUUCUUUUGGAGGUGCUGGUUUUACGGAGAUUACAAGGAGUCCAUAUGGACCUUCUGGUUCACUAGCCAAGGGCAUCCAAAAUACUGCAUGAAUGGUUACCUGUUCCCUAUGCCCAUCGCACUUGGACCUUACCCCCACCCUUCCUACGAUGCAACUGCAGUAUACCGGGGCUUCUGGACGGCGUUCAUUGUGCUGGCUGUCACCAGCAGUCUUGUUGGAGGAUUUCUGUUGGUGUGUGGCGUGCCCUUUGUCAACGCGCGCUUUUAUAAAGUGGGAGGCGGAUUCCUCCUCACGGCUGGAAUUUUAUUUGCCCUGUUGAUUUUCCUGUUUGUGAUGUGGAAAGAAUUUGCUGCCGAUCUCGCCAAAUACAUUCUUCUCGAAAGAAGCGAUCGGUGUGAAGAUGAGAUUCCUGUGAAAGUUUAUUACGGAUGGUCGUUCAUCUUUGCAGCUGCCGGGGUCCCUUUAGUGUUGCUUUCUGGACUUCUCUUUUACCUAGUUGGUUAUAGUAUUCUCAAGGAGCUGGAGUAAAAGACAAGGACCUCGAUCGUCAGUCAGCGAAGGGAACAUUGGUGUCAUCAAGAAAUGAUGGGGAAAUCUUGUUAACAUGAAUGCUGUUGUUGGACAUGUUGGCAAAAAUUAAAUUCACGACAAAAGAAGGAAUGGCCACAGUGGGAAAUUUUUCACCCAGUGAAUCCUGGGAAUUGAACUUUGUAUGCCUUCCCACAAAACACAAAUUUUGCGGAGGGGUGUAGGAGGCUGCAUGCUCCAAACUGGUUUGAAAUCUGAGAAAUUGCUAUUGUCUCCAAUGAACAACCUGGGAUCAAUUGAUUUGUGAGGAUAUUCAGGACUCAUUAGAGAGUCCAAACUCCUUCACAGAACUCCAAUUUGUUGCUAGAGAGAGCAGUGAGUGUUAAAAUAGGCCUGAAAUGGGUAUAGCUUUCACCUGUCCAUCUACUGGAAUCCCAGAGUUUUCCCAUCAAUUUUUGCAGCAUCUUCGUCAACUGCUCCAGCAAGCAGUAUUCUUUUAUGAUGACUUAGGAACUUGCAAUUAAAUAAGCUAAAAUUUUUGGGGAAAUGAUAUAAA